CUCUUUCGAUAGAAUUCACGGAACGCUGUACGGGGCAAGAAUAUUUUUAAAUUAUGCAACGAACCGUUUGUGCUCUGAUCAACCGUCGCAUUUAGGAGUCUUCUCUUCAAAUCUACAUGAUAUGGUUUUUAUUAUAGUUCAAUAACAAGGUGGCAGCACUUUCUUCGUAUUUCAAUUUGGCGUUUCGUGGCGGCUUAAACUUUUAUGUUUAAUAUUUUUUAAACGCACGUGAAUUAUAAGACUGAACGAUGACUUAUAAGCGUAGAAAGUAUCACAAAGGAGAUACCCAUUUGAAAAAGGGAUGGAGGACAAAGAGAAGAACGAAGGAUUUGGAUGAAAUCGAUGACGACAUAAAGGAGGAGAAUGCAAAGAAAUUACUAAAUCAACAAGUGGAUUUCGAUAAACCAGGUGCAGCUCAACACUAUUGUGUACAUUGCGCGAGAUACUUCAUUAACGACAGAGCAUUGCAAGAUCAUUUUGCUACUAAAGUACAUAAAAGGAGGCUGAAAGCACUUGAAUUAGAACCUUAUAGCAUAGAGGAAUCUGAACGAGCUGCUGGCAGAGGUAAUUACAUUGCACCACAGAAACGGAAAAUUGAAACGUUGACUAAAGAGGAUUUGGAUGAUUUGGAUGCUGAUACUGAUGCAGUAUCACCAGCAAAAAUUAUGAAGACGGACGAUUAGGGUAUUCAUUUAUUGACAGUUAUAAAGAAUAAUGUACAUAUUGAAUUCACAGUACUCAAUUGCUAUUAAAAUGUCAAACGCUGUGCUUAGAUUAUUAAACAAAGCCAACAGGAUUGGCUACGGAGCUGCAAAAA